CCUCGGCCCGGAAGCGGAAGCGGUGACGGGGAGGAGCGAGGGGCUGGACUUCCGGGGGUUCCGUGCAGGCGGGAGGUCCGAUCCGAUCCAAUACAUUCCUCGGCGAUUCUGGGUGAGAAAGAGAGAGCGAGAGCGCACAGCAAAAGCGGCGAGCGGGCCCUUGAGCACGUGCAGAGCGCGUCUGCGCUGGGGCGCGGAGUUUCGUGAGCCCCCGCCUGCCGGGCUGGAGAAGGGUGCCUCUGAGCAAGUGCAGAGUUCUAGCCCCUCAAACGAGUCUGGGUUCCUGGGGACAUCUGGAGGGGCCAGCCGAGGCCCAAUCCCCCGCGCGCCUCCCGGCCUCCGAGGAGCAAGCGGCGGUGGGCUGGGCGCGUCCCCCUGCGAGUGGAGCCAGGGAAGGCGAUUCAGCCCGCCGCGCUCUCCCGCAGGUGGCCGUCGGGGGGCGCGCAGCGCAACGCUGGGCAGCUCCUUCCCUGCGCCGCCGCCGAGGAGGGAAGCCGCUUGCGGGAAAGAAGGAGACCCGGACUGGCCGCCUCCUCUCACACACGCCCCCUUGCUCCUUGUUUCUGCAGGGGAGCCGUCGGGGGCGAUGGUGCAGCUGGUCGUGGCCCGUGCCGGGGCUGGCGGCGGCCUGGCGGAAUGGGUGCUGGUGGAGCUCCAAGGCGAGCUGGAAUCGCGCUCUGGGGCUGGCCUGGCCGGGCGGCUCCUGGGGGACUUGCAUUACACCAAGGAGGGAGUCCCCGUGCUUAUCGUUGGGCAUCACAUCCUCUACGGGAAGGUGGUGCGGCUGGAGAAGCCCUUCGCCGUCCUGACCAAGCCGGCGGCUGGCGGCGAGUUGAGCUCCGGAGCCCACUUCUGGGUCACUGCCCUCAUCAGAAAGAAGCUGCUCUUCAAAACCCGCCCGAAGCCCAUCAUCACCAACGUGGCCAAGAAGGCGUGAGGGCGCUUCAUCCCCUGGGCACUGUGCCCGGUUCCUCUGCCAGAAGGGACAGAUCCGGCCCACUUCGGGGGCCUUUUCAGCCCAGAGUUAUGCAGCCUGUGGCGAGGACACUCCCAGCCCCUGGGAGGAGGCUAUCUCGGAGACCGGGCUUCAGGGACUAACACCAGGAUCUCUUGGGGGGGAGAAGGCCAGCACCCAUGCCUGGAGUGCCCAAAUAAGCGCCUUCUCCCAAGGGGGAGCCCAACAGCUUUACUCAGAUGCAAAGACCUGUCAGGAUGAGGCCCUAAAUUCCUGCAUCUCUGGAAGAGACCGGCAAAAGCAAGGACCUCUGGAUAAUGAUGCUAGAUUUCAUCCCAGGGAGGGAGGCUCCACUCCAGGUUUCUGCUUAGAUCCAUUCCCGGGAGCUGGUGACCUAAUGCAGCCUUCUCCAACCUGGUGCUCUGCAGAGGUGGCUGGCCUACAACUCUAGUCAGCCCCAGCCAGGGCAGGUUGGCAAAGGCCAACUAAAGGGGAACCCCGGCAGGCAGCCAUCUCCCACCAACCUUAUUCUCCAGCCACAAACUCGCUGUGGGCCCUGCAUCUCCCUCAGUCCUUCCUGAUUCCAUCCUUCAGGGAGCUUAGUACUCUUGGGCUGCUCGCAUUGUCUUUUGCCUCCUGAGUGCCAGGCAGGAGCCCAGCUCCUGCUGAAUGCUAAAGAGCCUAUGGAGAAUGAACUGUGGUUAGCUUGCUUGCUAUUAAGCAUGCAAGUAAUGGGAAGCAGAGCUGAACUGGGCUCCUUUCCUCCAGCCACUGGGCACACAACUACCUUCUGAUCUGCCUUUUUGCUCCUUCCUUUGAGGGCAGGGGGGGGGAACCCAUUUCUUGGUGCUUGCCUUCUCCUCGUUGGCAGACAGGGAGGGAAAACGGGCUGAAAUUUCCUGCAGAGAUUUGAGCCAGGUAAAUCCAAUUAUUUGCCCCCAAGCUCCUGCGGAGUCUCACCACCACCCCAUACCCUCCCUUUUGCAGUCAUGCAAAAUUGUACUGUCUGCCUUUGUAGAGUGCAAGGGAGGCACUAGUGAGGCCCCAAAUAAACCUUUAACCAUCUUGUUUACAAGGUAUUAUUUUUAUUGUAACAAACUCAUCAUAGUAAAAAAAACCCAAACUUCGGAUGUUUUUUUUAAAAAAUAUGAAAAUGCAGAUAAAAAUAAAUAAGUUUCCAAAUAA